AUGUACGCUCCUCCUCCAGCUGUUGCCGCCGGUGGUGCUCGUCGCUCUGGUUUAGCUGCUAGUGGUCCACUUUUGGCCAUAUGCUGUCUUCUCUUUAUUCUCUUUCUUAUUGCAUCAACUAUCGUUCUGGCAUUGAUUCCAGUUUAUCUUUCAACACGAGAUAGCAACUCCAGCACUUACUCUCCAACUUAUUUAAUGACAAUGACACCUACAAACGGAAGCUUCGGUGGAGAAGGUACGCUGAGCUCAGAUUCACUUAGCACCAUUGCCUCUGCUUCAGAAACAGCUACAGGCAUACCGUCCGGCUCAUUUUCUGUAAACUCUGGCACAUCAACUGCGAACAGUUCAGGCCGACGUAAACGACGAGGAUUUGGUCUUAUACGACACCGCCGUGCUAUAAGCAUAGUUUACUGCCCAUUCGCGUUCAAUCGAAAACGAUGUGGUGCACGAUGUGAUGGCAGCGCUUUCCGAGCAAAGAUUAAAACAUUCACCAUUAUUGUCACUGUCAUUGUUAGUGGUACAACUUACACGAACGUCAUCUUUACUGUGGUCAUCACUUAUUCAUCAAAUUACGUUAUUCCAACACCCAGUUCAUCAACUGGCUCCGUUGUGGGUUAA